UUGGGGGAUAUGUGAGGAUAACUUUGCGAGUCGGAUUUUACCCUUGUGGACCAAAGCUGCUGUUCCCGCGGAGGAUUUGGACUUUUCCUGUGAUAUAAAGUGCCGUUUUAAACACGCUCCCGUCUUCCAUGCGAGUCCGCUGACAGCAUGGGGACGCUGUUAUUAUUUGCAGUCUUGCAAGUGGCGACAGUCGGUUUGGUGACUGCUGACUGUCCAGUAGUGUGCGAGUGUCCAGCAGUGCCCCCAUCCUGCCCCCCAGGGGUAAGUUCAGUCCCUGACGGUUGCGGCUGCUGCAAGGUGUGCGCUGCCCAGCUCAACCAAGAUUGCCACGAGGGGCGCCCUUGUGACCACCAUAAAGGAUUGGAGUGCAAUUACGGCAAUGAUGUGGGGCGUACCCAUGGCAUCUGCAGGGCAAAGGCAGAGGGCCGCUCCUGCGAAUACAGCGGUCGGAUUUACCAAAAUGGCGAGAAUUUCCGUGCCGGUUGCGAGCACCAGUGCACUUGCAUUGAUGGAGCGGUAGGGUGUGUGCCACUUUGCCCCAGCCACGUGCCCCUGGCAUCACCUUCCUGCCCUGCCCCGCAGCUGGUCAAGGUCCCCGGCCAGUGCUGCCUCAGCAUUGACUGUCACAAGGGAACCACGGUGGUGCCCCCGGUGUACAGGCGACCCCAACCUCCCGUUUACCCUCCAUACCCAUUCAUUCCCUACCCAGCCUAUCCCUACCCAAAGCCUUAUCCGAAACCUUACCGGAAGUUUUACCCUUACAAGCACAAAAAGGAGAAGGAUACCCUUGGCAACAAGCUGGUGGAGGUGGGGCACAAGUGGGACAAGCUACGUGGCAACAAGCACCUGGCAGCCUGGAGGCAGACAAGAGAUCAGUGUGUGGUUCAGACCACUUCCUGGUCCGAGUGCUCCCGGAGCUGCGGGAUGGGCGUUUCCUCUCGUGUUACCAAUGACAAUGUUCGGUGUAAACUGAUCAAGGAGACGCGCCUGUGCAACAUUAGGCCCUGCAGCUCCAUGUCUAUCCCUGUCAAGAAAGGAAGGAAGUGCUCUCGUACCCAUAAGGCCCCAGAGCCACACCGUCUGUCCUACGCCGGCUGUAGGAGCACGCGCCUCUAUCGGCCCAACUACUGUGGAGUUUGCAGGGACGGCCGCUGCUGCUCGCCACGUCGCACGCGCACAGCAAACGUGACCUUUGCCUGCCCCGACGGCGAACGCUUCAGCAGGUCUGUGAUGUUCAUCCAGUCGUGCAAGUGCAGCGACGAGUGCAACCAUCUCAACGAGGCUGUAAUGCCUCCACAGCUGUGGCUAUACGGAGACACGCACAAAUUCAUGGACUAGUGGCAUAACCCCGCCACACCUACAUUCCUUCGUAAAAACAGACUUUAACUCCCCCCCUAGCAGCACCCAUUAUAGAGUAGCUGUCCUUAGUGUAUCCACGAGUGGACGAAGGCGAGGCGCACACACCAAAACAUUUGCGGAUGGAUGUGGAGAAGAAGAAUGUGACUUGGAUGGGCGUACCUCUAACGUGGAAACCGCAUAGUGACCGGCCCCUGCUUUAGUGUAGAUAAAAUGUUUUUUUUUUUUCUGGCCUGGCCAGACUUUAAAAUGUGAAUAAAUCUUUGUGUAAAACACGAGUGCAAAAGCAGCCACCGUGUUGGUGCCGUGCUCCAAAUGCUCCCUGGGACUUUUGUUGGGAACAGUAGAGCAUGAGCUGAGAAACGCAGACAUGCAAAACUCUUUUUUUAUUUUUGUGUUAUGCUCGUUUCCUUUUCCUGAUGGAUUCGAGGUGUGGAUUUGACAAACCAGCUGGAAUCAUGUCUGUGCACUCUGACAACUGAUAAACUAAAUGAAGACUCACAUAGAGGACCUGACAAAGAAGACGAGGAUGGUGUGGGGAGGAGAUGGAGUUCAUCUCAGGUGUUUUGACAGAAAUGUGGUUUGGGUCUUUUUAUGAUAUUUAUUCUCUGGUAUUUACCGUUGAGACAGACAUGAUGACACAGCAGCCUGCCACUUGGGAAGGCAGUGCUGCUAUGCUUGGAGCACCGGCAUGGCAGAACAACAAUAUCAGAGAACAGCAUUUCUGGCACCCAAGAGAGGGCGAGGAUCGCCACAGAACCAGGACUUGACCCCUGGGGUCUGAGGUCAGAGUGGUCAGGAAGCCAUAUCUAAUGAUGAAUGACAAAUAGUAAUGGAAGAGAAGAGCUAUAUAACGGAUAAAGAUGGAGUUGAUGGUUUGAGGCAUUUGUGGGAAACAUGUCAAAGGUUGUUUACACAGCUGGACUCAUCCCCUGCCUUGCCUCCACAUGAAAGUGAGACAUUUAGCGAGCACCAGAAGAACAAGCUCGGGAUUCUGUCAAGAAGUCGACCACCUGAUUCUGCGCAAAUUACAGUCCUGACUCGUAAAUGGCAGCAAGACACAAUCAGCCAACUCUCUGGUUUGCUUUAAAAAUUAAAAUUAAAAAACUGUGUGCUGAGGUAAACAUGUAAUUUGUGAACUGAAGGUGGAACUGCUCCGGUGUCUAAUCUGGGCUGCAACUGAAACAAUAACUCACGCCUCUUCGUGUUAAUGUGAGGUUUGUUUUAGAGAAAUGCUCUUGAAAGCUGUCCUGUUAUUUCACACGACCGUGUGAAGAGCUUUAUGUUUUCGCAGAGGGAAGGUCCACAGCUGCCAAAUGUCAGUGAGAGCCUACCUCUAAGGACGCUAAUACUGUCAAAUCUGUCUUUAUAUUUUGCAUUAUGGGUGGCCUAGACCCUUUAUUAUCCCCGAAGAACCCGAUCAUCCACCCGACUUGUUGUUUGGGUUGAAGUUUAUGCACCUUACAGCAGCAUGGAUUCACACCCUGAUUUUGUAUCCUAUGCAAAUGCAUUGAAGGUAAUUUUAAACUGAUUUUUUUUUUAGCUGUAUACUGUACUUAAAAGUGGUGAUUUCCUCUCAGUGGAAGCACCAUUGUACUUUAUUCUUUUAUCCCAUAAGAUUACAUAUUUUUGCCCUGAGGUGAAACUGGAUCUUUAUUUUGUGUGUGUGAAUUUUCUACCAUCUCAGCUACAAAAUGUGUGUUGCCCCAAAUCCUUAUCGGGGGUCUUUAAAUUUGAUAAAUGUCCUUGGAGUUUUCCAUUGCUACUUUCCCAUGAAGAUGCUGUGGUUUUGAUAUUGUAUGUUUAGUUUUAUUAAGGGAAACUAUAGUGCAGCUAUGUACAGAAGCAUUGCUACCUUUGUAGUUCUAUCUGCUGUAUAAGGGCCGAUCAUUAUACUGAAGUAGUACGUGUAUAGUUUAGCACUGGACGAGACAGGGUUCAGAUCCUUUAUUAGCAUUAAGUGCCAAUUUUGAAAGCAUGAUGACUGUAUGACUAGCAGUGUACAUUAAUUAGUAAGUCUGUAAUUUUCUGUAAUGAGUCAUACUUAAGAUUAUGUGCUAAAAGGACUGGGAGGCUAACAAAAACUCAUAAUUAACUCUUCUUGGAAUCUGGUUGGCUUACAGACAAUUGGCUUUAAAAGCUGGAAUGAGUUCAUCGCUUUGCAUUUUUGAAUAAAUUUCUCU